CACCUGCUCGCCAAAUUCCUCGGAUCUUGGUCCCCUCCCCCGGAGUUCGGUGGCCGUCUGUGCCAACCUAUUAUUUAAACGGCGACCUCCCACCUCCCCCCCACCCUUCAAGUGGCAAAUUCUGUUACCUUUUUUUUUUUCGUCUCACAGUCGGCGUCAUCUCCACUGACGUCCAACUUCUGAUUCCCUUUGCACUAUGUUCAUGCGGCAAUAUCCGUCAGUACGUAAAGCUGCCAUCACCGCUGAACCGACCUCAGUCCCCUUUAUCAACUAUCCCGAGUCCGUGUGUAUACAAGACGACCACUUCUUCCCCUACUUCGACCAGGAGCAGCCACGCCUGCAGUCGCCCUUCCAGUAUCACCAGGACUACCAGUUCGUCUCCCCACCGUCUUCGGCUCCGUCGUCGCCCACCUCGUCGCCCGCGUCUUCCAUCUCCCACUUCCCUGCGACUACCCCAGUCGCUGCGGAAUACUACGACUCUAGCUUCGAGGCCCCUUCGAUGACGCCUGCCUCUUCCUACAACCCGUCCUUUCACAUUCAGCCCUCCGCUUCGCCAUCUGCUGAGCAGUCCUUCCUUCCUCAGUACCACCCGCAGCAGCCGUUCGUCUUUGGCAGCUCUCCAAUGUUGGCCCAGCACUCCGUUCCAAACAACCACGGGUGGGAAAGCAAUUUGCAGCUAUUGAGCCCUGCUCACCUUCCGAACAACCUCUCGCGCUCUUCACAUCUGCAGACCUCCAGUUCCUCAUCAGGAAGAUCCUCAGGAUCCUCAUUUCACCGGUCUAUCCACGGUAGCAGCGCUCUGGCGAAGCCGCUACCUACGCCAGUACAAACCCCGGUGCAAAACUCCUUCCUCGCGCCUCAGUACCAGCAGUACGACGAUGGUAGCCAGUCUGGACGCAUUGCCCAGGAACAGAACCCCCAGCAACCAGGUGAUUACUCGCUAGCACCCUCUGUUUCCAGCGUGAGCCACAGCUCCCCGGUGACUCCCCAGAACAACUUGGAGGAUCUCGACGAAGCUACAAAGGCAAUUGUCCAUGAGUACAACUACGCCAACGGAAACAACCUUCCAUUGGGAGUUCCUAAGCUCAGUCGAACUAUUUCUGACGUCUACCAAGACGAACUUUACAAUCCAAACAUGAUGCAAACACCCCAAGCCCCCAAGCAGCCUGCGCAUCAGCAGAACUUGCUCACUCCCUCCUAUCGCAAUGUCUUUGCGGAUCGACUACAAGCUGCCAGCCAAGGCCAUCUCUCUGCUCGCUCUCAGUCCCCCGCUGGCGCAAUGCAACGGGAUCAUUCGCCAUUCCGGCAGAACUCUCCCUUGGCAGCGGAAUUCGACCACUCUACGAUUCAGCAACAGCCCCCCGCGACUAGCGUGCCCAGUCAAGCCGGGAUGGGCCUGCGACAACCCCAGACGGAGCCCAAGACGAUGUCCCCCAAGGACGCUGUCCUGGAGUUCAACGAGGGAGAAGACGCGGGGCUGCAAUUGUUCCCUUCGGAUCGGUCCGAUUUCAACCUGGGGGAUGCAUUGGGCCAGACCCCUUCAUUCCAGCCCGCUCAGAGUUUCCCCUCGAUGGAGUCCUUCCGCACGCAUUUCCCCCAGGCUAGUGCAUCUCAGGCGUUUACGUUCCACCAAUCCCAACAGGACCGCCAACAGCUACAGCAGCACCAGAACCACCCCCUUCUCCAGCAACCCCCAGAAUUCCCCGCAUCGCUGCCGCCGUUUGAGUCGACUGGAAGUGAGGUCCUCCCUUCCACCGAAAUGACGUCUCCACCCUCACAGUCCAAGAUCCACCCGGAAAUCACCCGACCCCAGAACACCUCCGCCGACACCGGCACCUACACCUGCACCUAUCAUGGUUGCACGCUCCGCUUUGGGACACCCGCUAAGCUACAGAAGCACAAACGCGAAGCUCACCGUCAAACCACCCCUCGGGGGCACCUGGUGGGGCGGGAUGGCUCAUCACGCAACUCUCAAGCAGGACCCCACAAGUGCGAGCGGAUCAAUCCUUCCACUGGGAAGCCCUGCAAUUCAAUUUUCUCCCGCCCUUACGAUCUGACACGCCACGAGGACACGAUCCAUAACGCUCGGAAGCAAAAGGUUAGGUGCCAUCUUUGCACUGAGGAGAAGACUUUCUCCCGCAAUGAUGCAUUAACCCGCCACAUGCGUGUCGUGCACCCGGAAAUUGACUGGCCUGGCAAGCAAAGGCGCAGAGGCAGGGACUAGAUGAUCACUCCGAAGUGGACUUGAAAGGGGUGGCGAGUGGUCCCCUUCCCAUACCGUUCCUACCCUUGGGUUUAGGGAUAGGACGGCCCAAUUUCGGAGCGGCGAAUGAGACAGACAGGUUUGUUUUCGAAUCUCCUUCGUUCUGGUGUCGCCCAUUCUUCUCCAUCGAUACGUCGUUCAUGACCCAAGAGGACGAGAACAGCCUUUGACGUCAUCUGCUGUCCCAAACAGGAAAGGACUCGCUUCCCAGGGUCUGGAUCGUCGCAGAGACUUCCCUUUUAGGAGGGUUGUUCUGCUAGCCACCCGGUCCAAAAGUGCAGCGUGACGUCAUCACUAUCACGGACUGACGUCCUCCCGCUUGAAAGCCUUACUCAUCUCAUGCUGGUCAUCCUCUC